CUCAUUGUUGUGUGAUAGGGGACAUCACCUCUUUUCCGCAUCUCUUCAAAUAUGCUAUCCAAAAAUUUAAGGAUAAAUCUACAGCUGGAUUGCUAUUACAAUUGCUAUUGCACAAUAUGGAGCAAAAUAGCUUAGUUGAAAUUAUAUUGCAGCAUAUAGCAUUCUUGAUUAUGCCAUGCAAUAAACAAACAGGUAGGUGAUGUGUCAGCUAAACUGUAUAUUUAUGCUGUACUAUACUGUAUGGUAUACCUGACCAUCACACCCCUGUGCUUUUUGAACAUGAACAUUCAUUCAUUCAUUUUAAGUAAACUUUUUUAUCCUGGUCAGGAUCUCAGUUGAUCUUUAGCCUAUCUUGGAAAUACUGGAUGCAUGGUGUGAAUACACACAGGAAGGGACACCAGUCCAUCGGAUGGCACCAUGCACACACACAUUUGCUAUAUCAGUUCACAUUUUCUAUAUCCUAGUUUUUUACUGGCUUAAAGGCCAGUACUUGAUUUAAAGGGGAUAGUCUAGACACAGCAGGAGAACUCCUGGUGCUUUUAAUAAUAUGAAUGGGAAUGUCAGUACCUUUGCAGUAAAACUUUUACUGUAGAUUUUCUCUGUGGAAAAUUAACCUAUUCUUUAAAGUUAUUUACUUGGACUUCUGUUGCCAACUGAGUACAACCCAGCGUAUGCAGUGCCAAAGGGAAAACCCACACUGCAGCAGUAACCGCAAUGCUUAUGGGGAUUCCUUGCGAAGACCGAGCGAAUGCUUAGUAGCAGCAGCGAGGCUACACUGGCACAUAAUUCAUGCAGCAAACAUGUCCAUAAUAUUCAGAGACUUUUACAGCCAAGUAAGAUGAAUAUGGCAAACGAGAGGGUGCAUUGAUUUAUUCGUUCUACAUUGUGCAACAUGCCAACCAUCCAAAAGAUGACAGCGGCUCUUGACGCUAAACUAUUUUCUGCUUUUCAUAAAAUGUCUUUCUUAUUUCACUUGUUUACUGAGACUGCAUUGCUGACUUGCUACCACUGAGCUAAAAUGCCAUGUGUAACUUGUAAUAGCUAUAAUUCAGUACUUGCCAUACCAUCACCUACAAUUUUGUCAUGUAGUCAUAAUAAACACAGCAUGUGUGUUUGUUCCCACUGUAUGUAUUCUAAAAACUUGUUUUCUUUUGUCCAAAUGACUAAAGAAAACUGUGCUCAUAGUCAAAUGCAACAUUAAAUCUUGGAGAUUUAGCAUUUAUUAAUUUCCAAUUCACCAGCUCUGUGAUUAUGUGGCAUUUGUUUUUCAUUCUGUGGGUUUUUCGAGUAAUAGGAGGAAAAUUCUGGUCAGCGGGUACUGCAGCGAGCCAACUCGGCCAGUCUGGCUAUACACUGUUAGCUCCCUUACGACUUUAUGUAGUGUUUUAGUGUGCCACAGUGACAGAGCUACUGUAGUUUGCAUUGUAAAUGUAGCAGGGCUUUGCUUGGCCGUGUAGGGAGAGGAGGGAAAUCAGGUGAAGUCAAAAGGUGAGAGGGCCAGUGAAUAAAUCAGGUCUGGUUACAGUCUCUCAUCAGAGCUAAUGUGUCAUACUGGAUACAUAAUUGCAGAAUAUAUUAUUCAUUAGUCUCAGGCUUAGAGACUUCUAAAACAGAAUGAAUGUCACUAGUAUGUCACAAUAAACCUAAUACAUGGUUCUGAUCUAUCACAACUCAUUAUUAGCAAUGAGCAAAAAUGGGCAGCAUAUAUUUUUAUAUAUAUUUCUAUAUACACCUGCUCAUUCAUGCUGUUCUGUAAUCAGCCAAUUAUUAUAUUUAUGGCAGCUGCACAAUGCACAAAAUAAUGCAGAUAGAGGUUCAGAGCUUCAGUGAAUGAUCCCCAUCAGAACGGGGGAAAAAAUCUGAUCUCAGUGACCCUGGCAUGGUUGUUAGUGCUAGGCAGGCUAGUUUGAGUAUUUCAGAAACUACCUUGAGGUGGAUGGCCUACAACAGCAGAAGAACAUGUCGGGUUCCACUCCAGUCUGCCAAGCACAGGAAUCUGAAGCUACAGUGGGCACAGACUCACCCAGACUAGUGGAAGAUAAGCAAAACUGGUCUUUUACCAAUCUUCAGUUGUCUAAUUUCAGUGAGUGCCAUCAACUGCAUACUGUAACUUUAUUUAAUUUCAAGUUUCUUGCCUUCACUUCUUUCCUGGCACCAUUUGGUAAAUGUCAGAAAUGUCCUAUAAUGUCGACAAUCUCAGGUCAUAGACAUAUUAGUUGGAUGUCAUGAAGUUGGGAGGAUCUCCACUAUGCUGUGAUGCAGAAGAUGAUGUUAUUUCACUUCACAUGUAGUUUUCGGGCUCCCACCCUCCAGUUCCAUAACCAUAAAACAAGGUUUUCCAUUUGAAUUUAGAACAUUUCUGCAUUUACACUAUAGCCAUGCUCUAGUUGAUGGUAGGCUAAAAUUCCAAGACUGUAUGCACUUACACUGCUAUGCUUACACUGACAAAAAUCACAUGUAGAGGAUUGUAAAUAGUCAGGUUAGUAGCAAGCUGCCUGUCUUGGAGGUGUUUGUGUCUUAUUAAAGUUCACUGCAGUUUUUCAUAAUCAGUUACAUUUCUUCGAGUGAACAUGGUCCUGUGCAUUCAACAGUCUAAGUUCAAGCUUGUGUGUAAUAGUGUGUCAAACCAACAUACAAAUACCCUGGUGCACUGUUGAUAACCAAAACACACACACACACAUUUGUCUUACUAUCCUUGUCAGGUCCUUCCAUUGACAUAAUUAUGCAGCUAAUUAAUGCUGUGACUACACCUAAAUUUAGCCCUACCUUUAACCUUAGUAACCAAAAAGAAACCUUUUAGGCUCAUCUGGUUUUUUAAAUAAAAGUUGGGAUUUUUUGUAAAACAAGCAGUUCUUCUCAUUGGGACCACCCAACAUCAAAACUGUUAGAUAUUCCUAUCCUUGUGGUGACAUUUAGGCCCCACUAAGAUGCCCAUGAAGAAAAGCAUGCCCAUGCAUGUACACACACACACACACACACACUGCUGUUGAACUCAUUCAACCCUUUAUGGCACUGCUAUAGUUCAGGCAUGGAAGGAAGUCUUGUAUAAAGUAAGCUUGUGGGAGCCUCCACCCUGCCACUACAGCACAUGGAAAUUCCUGACUCUCAGGACUAUGAUACUGUGUUUGUGUUUACAGCUUGUUUUGUUUAGGACAUAUAAUGGAUGAGUAUGAUUUUUUUUUAAAUAUGCUUAAAGUUAAAUGUGACAGAUUUCACAAGAAACACAAAAACUGAAAAAGAUAGUGUGGGUUGCUCAUACUGUGAGUGUGUGUCAGACUGUGAGGUGUGGGCAUGGCCACUAGGAGGCUGAGAUGCCAGAAAGGAUUCGUGAGAAUCGUGAAGCAUGAAAAUGUGAGGAGGCAGCACUCACUGGCAAAACUACUGUAACAUCUUUUCUCCUGUCUGCCUACCACUGCUUUUACCAACCUCCACACCCGGUAUUUACCCACAUAUGAAAACACCAACCACAUUACAGUAUGUUCUGUAGUGGAUAUCACAACACUGUGAAUCAUUUUAUACCUAUGAAUGCUGUAAUGAUUGUAGCUAAAGGUAUUCUUUCUGGGUCCAAGUUAUCUAGACAUUUGAAUAUCUACACAGUUGUGCAUAAAAACUGGAAUCCAAGUCCCGUGUAGAGCAGUGAAAAAAAAAAAAAAAUAGGAGCAUUUGGAAAGGCUUUUCACAAUGUGGGAUCUGCAAAAAUUGUUUGAAAUAUGGUUAAUAGGAUAUAGUGCCUAGUACUCCACCCUGACACACACAGAGAGGGAGAGAGAGAGAGAGAGAGAGAGAGAGAGAGAGAGAAAUAUGGUCUAUGUUUUCAAUUCAAAAUGGCCUAUUUUACAUUUUACCAACACUAAAAAUGACUUUCCUUACUAUAUGUGUUUGGCUCCAUUUCUCCAACAGAUAUUUUAAAGACCUUAUGUUUAAAAGUCAUUUAUAUUACCAACAUGAUGCCUUGGGGUAUUUUCUCCCUGGAGUAUAAGGUGAAACAAAAAUGUUUGCAGAUGUGAACCAAAAAAGGUAUGAAAGGCUAUAUCUCAUCUGUAUGUUCUCUAUCUUAUAUUCCUAGUCCCACCUUCCACUAUGAAAAAUGUAUGCAUCAGAUAUUGUUCCCAAUAAAGUGCUCAGUGAGUGUAUAUGCAAAAUCUUCCCUUAAUCUACCAGCACAUCUAUCUCGUGUUCUAAAUUUCAACUUUAUAUUGUACGAAACUCUUAAACUCUUGGUCUGGUCUCACUUUAUAUUAGGCGUCCCUGGUGAUUUUAGUUACGUAUACACUGCUAUAUGCAGCUAUAAUGUCACUACUGAGGAUGUGUGCACAUAUACAGAUGGAUCACAGCACUACAUCUUAUGCAAAUACCCAUGUGUAUCAACUUCAAUUUUGGCUCAUGUGCAUACUCAAGUCUAUCCUGGCAGUUGUAACAGGACAUCAGGUUUCUCUCAAGUGUGUUAGGUUGAGGAAAAUUACAUUUGUAUGGUUUCUGCUGUAUCUGCUUGUUUUCCAGUAACAUUUUCGUUCUGAUUGGGACAAUAGCUAUAGUCCUUCAUUCUUAACGGGUCCUUCAAAACCAUCAUUUUCGAAGGGCAUAACUGAUAGAUCCUUUCUCUGUCCUGAGAUUUUUUGCACCGGCGAGUUAACGUAGGUCAAGUUUAAAUAUGAACAUUCCAUUUAGGAAUAAUAAACUACAACUAAAAGGAAUAAACAGAUAAAAGUAGCUCUUUUAAGUAGGGUUUACAGCUUAUGGGGGGGAAAAAUAGCUUUGAAAGUGUGUGUUCCAAAUGGCUGUUACUUUUAACCUUUACAAAUAAUUCUCACUGCAAAGGGUGUAGCCUUCUUAGGGAGUAGGGCAUAGUCAUGAUAAUCCCAGAAUGCCAAUAGCACCUAGCAUCUGCAUACUAACUACACAGGAACUGUCCAUUUAUUUGAAAGUGUAACUUUUUAGAGUGACAUUUCCUGUAUAGUUAGUAUGUAAGGACUCAAAUUACAGACUGGUGUUAACCUUUUUGAUUCUGUUGGGUUAGCAUGUUACAACACGAUUAUGGUACAGGGAUUAUAUAAAACUUAGAAAAUGUCAAGAUACACAAGCCAGAACUGAAAUUGAUGCACAUGUUUAUUUACAUAAGAUAUACUGCUGUAAUCCAUCUGUGUCAGUGUACACACCGUCAGUAUUUACAUUAUAGCUACCUGUAUUGUUCAUGUGUAACUACACAGGUAUUAGGACACUUAGUUUGAAGUAGAACCUUUGGUGUUCCUGUGUCACUCCACACACAUACACACAUAAAACACAGAGCCAUACACUCUCUACAUUCCCACCACUCAGGGAACCCGUGGGCUGGAUGACUGGGGUCUGUUUCCGUCAUCCGUGAUAAUAAAAGCUGCAGGCAGAGACAGAGUCUCAGUCCAGUGCCACUCACAGGCUCCACACUCUGCCCUUCAGAAGACAAUGGUUGGUGAUGUCCUUAUCAAGGGAUUCAUUGAUCUUUCAAUCAUGUAGGAUUUUUGGGCAAUCAGCCUGAUUCAAAAGAAAAAUUCAAGUGAAACAAAACAAGAAACUAAUUAGACUGCAGAUUGGAAAAAUAAUGACUUUGUUACUUAAAAGGUGUCUUAAAUUUGAGUGAUGGAAAUGUAACAUGUUUCUUCUUUCUUCAUGUUAGAAGGUUUUCAGGCCUAUUAAGUUAAUCAUAUUGACUUGGCUUGCUGUUCCUGCUGUGUGGGGUCUUAUUCAUUGCGUGGGCUCAUACAUGGAGUCAUUCUUUCCAAAUCUGUCACCAUUAAUGCAAGUGUUGGAACUUUCCACCAUUUCUACAUCCCACUAGCACCUGAAUAUGUUGAGAUAGGGCAUGGUGUAGAGGGAUGGGGCAAGCACCUCCAACCAUCUAACUCAUUAAUUAGUUGUUAGUAAGGGACGGUUUGCCAACACGCUGAAAAGAGCAUGAUUAAUGCUGGCACUGCUUGUGACUAAUGACAGUUGGUCAGCUUGUUAAAGCUCGGCAUAUGGGACAUUUUAAGAGUAAGCCAAUAGGAGAGAGAGGUGGAAGAGAUGCACCAUCAUCAUCAAAAUGAUCUAAUGCUUCCCUUGAUAUGUAUAACAUGUUCAGUGCAGUGACAUGACAAAUGUUUGGGCAUUUGUUUUUAUACCAGUGACACAGGGGAAUAUACUGUGUAUAUUUAAAAAAAAAAAGAAAGAAAGGAAAAAAAAAAGCCAACUUCAGCAUGGAUUCUACAAGAAAGCUUGUUGGGCAAACAUUAACCUUUUGUGCAGUAAAGUGAGGAUUAAAGUGAGAAUUUUCUGAAACAGGGUUUAUUUAAAAGCAGAUAAAGCAAGAGCUUUCACAAGUGGGCACAUCCAGCACAUGCAAAAGAUCAUUAUUCAACCACAUUAAUUUUAGCAUUAUUACUCACAAAUAGCAUCAGCUGGGUUUUCUGCAGUCAGAGAUUACCUCAUCAGGUUCACGCUGCAGUCUUCCUAUCCGAGAGGAUCUCACGAGCUCUAUUAUUCGGCAGCUGUGGCGUGAAGACCGCGUCUUUCUGAAGGCUGCUGAUUCACUGCACGACCCAGAGCUCUGCUAACGACCGCACUCGUCAUCGCUGAACGCACGAUGACAAUAGCUGGGGUGAGGGAGGGUGAGGGGGACACAUGCUCGCAGAUCAUGAGAGAAUACAAAGUUUCAGGAAAGUAGAAGCAAAGUUUAAAUAGAGUGGGUUUACUUAAAUGUGUGUGAAGUGUAUCAUAUAUAGACAACAGACCUUAUAAGAAGUACAACCUUGUCUGACUAGUUCAGAUGAUAAAACCUGUCACUCCACCUUGACUCAAUGUCAUUUCACAACAAUUCAGCAUGUGAUCAAGCAAGAAAGCCAAUCUGUCUCCACACCUUAUAUGCCAGGUACGCUCUGAUUUCCUAAUGUAAUCAUGCAUUUAAAGGAGUGCACAGGUCUUAUAGAAUGCAUUAUAAACUCUCAUUUUUAUGUUAUGCAUUCGCCUGUGAUGAUAAGACUAAGUGUGUGCACUACAAUAGACUAACUAAGAACUAAGGAGUUGCGUUUAUAUUGUUUGCUGUAUUAAUGUAACAGUUAAACAGUUAAACGUGUUUCCUUGUGGUUGUGUGUAAAUCUGAAUGUGCUGAUGGGUGUAAAUGGCAUUGUGUAUGUAAGACAAGUUUGACAGUGGAAAGGAUGGAAAGAGGACUCAGAACAGCGAAAUACACCUCUCAUGGGAGAGAGAACAGAUGUGACCUCUGAGGUGCCUUAUAUAUUUGUGCCCUGAGAGAGUAUUAGUUAUUACUUAUAGAAUAAAGUCUCUUUUUUUGCAAUUCCAUGUAGAUAUGUAACUAAUUAAUGAUAACAAGUGCAGAUAAAUCUAUGUAUGUGGUUUACAUGUAUAUUUUAGCAAUGUAGAACAACCUGUUCCCAUUCGAAAGCAUAGCUCCCCUUGCUGCUUUCCGCUCCAGUCCAGCACUGCAGUUGUCCACCCCACAGCUUGUCUCUUGCCCUCAUGCAUACUUGUAGAGUAAGUGCCCACAUAGGGGAUCCUUUGUUUAGGAGGGUCUAGGCAUGGCCGAUGAUUUACAAGCUGCUAAAGUCUCCACGCGAUUGGCUGCCUGUGCUGUGUGUGCGUCGGUCAGAGGCAUGCGUCAGGCGUCUGCGGCAGUGUGUAGCUGUUUCGCUCUGUGCUGAUCAUGCAAACCUGGGCAGCUCACUUCUCAUCGACCACUACAGCCACUUAUUCUUCUAAAUCCAAGGGAGGCAAGAUGGCUACCUUUUAGGAUUAUGUUGCCUAAAAUCGAGGGCUUGCCCCUGAGGAGCGACAAGGUGAGGUGCAAAGAUCUUUCUAAACCACAGAAAAACAACCGAGUCUCCAAGGUUGAGUCACAGGGCAUCUCAGUAAAUGGCACUAGCUCAGAGCAGAUGGAGGAGGAGGUGCCAGAGGACGAGGCAUGUGAUGUAUCUCAAGAACACUCUGCUCCACCUGACUCGCCCACGCCUCUCCAGCACGGCCCUGCACCAACACCAGCUGAGAGUGAGCUCCGGCCUGCUGUCAGCCACCAUGCACUUCCUACUCACCAUGACUCUCACAAUGGUGCUAAACAUGUAAAACCAAACACUGAGAAACAUACAGAUCCCACCAAAACACAGUCUGAGCCCCAAAGGACUUUUAACAUGCUCACCAGCAUUCAGCCACCUGAGGCACUUCCUGAAAAGAUGGAAAAUGGAAAGAUCCAAACGCCAGAUCCAAGCAUGGUGGCAGAUGAACAACUUACAUCCAACUUAGGUAGUAGUGUCUACUUUGAAGAUGCUUUGUCUACACUAGCAACUGUAGUAUGUUCCUCCAUCACUGACAGGAAGGCUUUGGAGGAGAAGCUAUUUGGUCCACAGACCUCAGAAAUCUGUUCUUUUAAAAGUGAAAGAGAAGAACCAUAUCAGAGUCAUAAACACCAAGAACAGACUUUUAACAAUCCAGAAGAUGACAACCCUCAUCUUAAAGACUCAGUUGCACUGUCUUUUUCUAAUAUCCAGUCUUUAGUUGAGCAUAGGAGCAUAAGCAUUGAUCAGGCCAUAGCUAUUGAGGCCUUAACCCAGUUGGCAGCUACCCCAGAAACAGUGCCCUUCAAAAUAGAUCAUCAGGGUCAGAACCCUCAGAAUGAAAGCACAUUGUCCACAAACUUUGCAUCAAGCAAGCCGAUACCUUUUCAAGAAGCUAAAUCUAUAUCAGAGGUUGUUUCCAAUAAAGUCCCAGUAAUUAGUUCAUCAUUGCAUCAGACAUCUGUUAUUUGCGGUCCAUUCAACAGGCAGGAAAAUUCCACCCACCGCAGCACCCCCACCCCCCACAAACUCUCCUUACAUGAUCUCUUAAAGGCUAGCUCAGAAUGUGAAAAAAUCUUGCACACCCAAGAGAAUGGAAGAUUAAGUCAAGCACUUUGUAAAACAGAGAGGAUAGAUGGCACUUUUAAAAAGAUCAAACAUGUUGAUAGAACACAUAGCUCAAGGAGGAGAGAUGAAGAGGAGGUUGCUGCCCAGUUGUUGCAGCUUGCAUUCAUGAUUGAAUCACAACACAAGCCAGUAUCUUCUGAAAACAGUCCACCCAAGGGAAUGCCAGUUCAGACCAUAAAAUACAAUCAUCACGCCAUUGGGCAACAUUUAAAAAGGCAAAGCAAAACAAAAUCAACCUCCUCAAGUCCAAGAAUAUCAAAAAAGAGAGCCACUGAGAUUGAUGGAAGUAAUCACAGGAUACCACUAGCCAAGAGAUCACCCAAUGGCAAAGCACUUCUCAAGAUGAAGAGUAAAAGGGAGGCCUUGCAGCAAAAAGCAAAAUUGCACUCCAAAAGGAAUCCGUUUCUGCCCCAGACGCAAAUAGACCUGAAAAAAUACCUAGGACAUGCUAAUAAUGAAAAUAGGCGACUUUUCCAUUUCAGCAACUCCCACAAGAGAGAGCACUUAGACCUGCAGGCUCUCAUGAGCUCUGGGAACCAGAACACUCAGCAUUUCCAAGCAGACCAUGCCUCUCUGGGUCACUGCCAUGGCAACCAGUGUCAACCAAAUGGACAUUGUCAUAGUCUCACAAAUGGUCACCUAGGUGCUACCCAAGGCCAGAGGCACGAAUGUGAAGAACAUUUAAUUUCUCAGGUAUCGAAAACCCACAGUGUGCUGAAUCAUGGUGCUAAAUCACAAGUUCCCUGUGCCAUACCUAAUGUCCAAAGGCCAGACCAAUCAGUGAGUCCAGGGAGGCAACAUAAAGUUAACAGUCUCAACUAUGAGCCACGUCAGGAUUUCGUUGAUCAGAACGGGUAUUACAAAGUAGAGACAUCCGGCUCUGUGACCAUGUUGUCUGUGUCAGCUCAACGUAUGGAAAAUGGUGAUGUAGAAUGUCCCGGAGAACACACUCCCACCAAGCACACGCUCAACAGCUUUUUGGAAUCUCCAUUAAAGUUUCUGGACACCCCAGCCAAGAAUCUGAUCAACACUCCCUCAAAAAGAUUAUUGGACCUUCCCUCCUGUGACUGUAUGGAUCAGAUCAUUGAGAAGGAGGAGGGCCCAUUCUACACGCACCUUGGAUCUGGGCCAACUGUAGCGGCAGUACGAGAGAUGAUGGAGAACAGGUAUGGGGAGAAAGGUAAAGCCGUACGCAUGGAAGUGGUGGUAUAUACAGGAAGAGAAGGGCGGAGCUCACAGGGUUGUCCAAUAGCCAAGUGGGUUAUCCGUCGGGGCAGUGAAGAGGAGAAGCUGCUGUGCCUGGUGCGUCAGCGAGCGGGUCACUGCUGCCAGAAUGCUGUGGUGGUCAUCCUCAUCCUAGCCUGGGAGGGCAUCCCACGCAGCAUGGCUGACAGACUGUACCAGGAACUCACCAACACUCUCUACAAAUACGGAUCGCCCACCAACCGCCGCUGCGCCCUCAAUGAGGAUCGUACCUGUGCUUGUCAGGGUCUGGACCCAGAGACCUGUGGAGCCUCAUUUUCUUUUGGCUGCUCUUGGAGCAUGUACUUCAAUGGUUGCAAGUUUGCACGCAGUAAAGUGCCCCGAAAGUUCAGGCUGCACGGUGACUACCCUGCAGAGGAGGAGAAGCUUGAAAAUAAUCUGCAGAAUUUGGCAACGGAUGUGGCUCCUGUGUAUAAGAGACUUGCACCUGAGGCUUAUCAAAACCAGGUGGGACAUGAAGAGUUGGGGCAAGACUGUCGUCUGGGCACAAGAGAGGGUCGUCCAUUCUCUGGUGUGACGGCGUGUGUGGACUUUUGUGCUCAUGCUCACAGAGACACACACAACAUGACCAACGGGAGUACUGUGGUGUGCACUCUGACUAAAGAGGAUAACCGUGCAGUGAGAAACAUACCAGAGGAUGAGCAACUUCAUGUCCUGCCUCUCUAUAAGAUCUCAGAGACUGAUGAGUUUGGGCAGGUGGAGGGCCAGAGAGCUAAGAUGGAGACUGGAGCAUUGCAGGUGCUCUCUUCCUUUCCAAGAGAAGUACGUAUGCUGCCUGAGCCCGUCAAGUCUGCCCGCAAGAGAAGACUUGAGGCCAAGAGAGAGCGAGAGAAGCAGAGCAGCCAGGAAAAGAAACAGGUCAUCCCAGCAAAAAUGAAGAACGAGCUCCUCAAAGGUUUUAAAAGCACUUCGCCUUGUUUUAAAAUGGAGGCACAGAAUUACUGUCCACCUAUGCGAGUGACUCCAGACAUGGAGACACGCUUUUUAAGUUUAAUAGAUUCAUCCAGCCCUUACAGCAACACGAACUGUACUUCGCAAGUGGGCCCUAGUGAACACACUGCAGCACUUUCUCCCUACUCUCACUGCAACCUGCCUGCCCCUCCCCAGUUCACAGAACAGAAGCCCUUCAGAAACCAGCAGGAUAGCUCCUUAGAAACCAAGUCCCAAGGUUUUAGUGACUACCAUUUUGGAGUAAAGACAGAACCCAAGGAGGUGCACUGCUUCCAGGGUGGAGCUUCUCCGAGACUGUUCUCUCCAGCCCAGGCCGAGGGUCUCCACAGCCGACUGAACCAAGCACAACCGAGCCUGGAUAACAACUACCACCAUGGACCACCCACAACCUUGCGACCCCUGACCCCUGAAGAGGUUAAAGCUGAGGAGGUGUGGUCAGACAGCGAGCACAACUUCCUGGAUGGGGAUAUCGGUGGGGUCGCAGUGGCACCAUCUCAUGGCUCCAUCCUCAUUGAGUGUGCUCGGCAUGAGCUUCACGCCACCACUCCCAUCCUGCGGCCUAACCGCGGCCACCCCACCCGCGUCUCUCUCGUCUUCUAUCAGCACAAGAGUCUCAAUGCACCAAGCCAUGGCUUGCUCCAGUGGGAGGCCAAGAUGGCUGAAAAGGCCAGGGAGAGAGAGGAGGAGGCUGAGAGGCUGGGAUCUGAGGCUGCAAAUGUGGGAAGGUCAAGGGCAGUUUCAGAAAGUGAAGAGGAAGAUGUGUGGAAGGAUGGGAGGGAGGAGCUAAAGAUCCCUACUCGCCAAUCACUAACAGCUACUCGGGACAACGUCACCACAUCAUCCCCAUAUGCUCUUACUUACGUCACUGGGCCUUAUAACCGCUGGACGUGACCGUGGCCAUGCCACUUUUAGCUAAUGCCUUACCUCAGUCAGAUCUCUCUGUUUUUAACACAUGCUUGUUUUUGUUUUUUUUUUAAUUUUGCUCUACAUCUCAGCUUUUCAAAUGAUGCUGACUGCAUUUGUCAGUUUUUAACUGUGAGAUUUGGUGUCUACAUUUUUUUUUUUCUUUCUUUCUUUUUUUUUUAAAGAGAUGGUGCUCACAACAGAUGUUUUAAAAGCUGGUUUUAUACAAAGAGAUGGAAUUAGUGCAUAGAAGAUGUGACUAUUUAUUCUGAAUGUUUUUUGCAACAGUUUGUAUUUAAUUUCUGGUCCAAGCCUGUUUACUGCAAUAUUACUGUGUCAACCUGAAAAUGAUGUGUGUAGUAAACACUCAGAAUUGACAUUGUAAAAUGUGAAUUCUAUUGUUUUUGCCUCAGCUUGGGUGCUCUUGUCAAAAAUUCAAUAGUUGCUGUUUUAUGGUGCCAUUGUAGCAGUAACUUUGAAUAACCACAUACAUUACUAUUUUAAAGUAUUGUGACACAGUUGGUUGUUGGAUAGAUUUGAACAUGUAGCAUUGGUUUUUAUCAUGUAAUGAAGGUACAUAGAUACUGAAUUAUUCCCAUUACACAUUGCGUUGUUUGAAAAAAAAAAAAAAAGCACUUUGAAACAACUUGACUUUUGAAAUGUCCUGUAUGCACAGUUUUUGUUUAUAAGCGACCUCCUUCAUCCAGUAUCUGUAUAUAUGCUUUGCAAGUUGGUUUGGAACCCAUUCAGGAUUUUUUUUGAAACCAUGCUUAUGAAAGCAAUAAUCAUGGAAGGUUAUAUGCUGCAUUUUGAUAGUGUGUGGAAUCUAAACCAUUUUAUUACUGGAAUUUGCAUAAAAUACAAUAUUACUAGUUUCCCAAUUGUUUAGGUUUUUUCAACUCCAACAGAGGUUGAAACAAGACUUGAAAAACAGCAUUUUAUAUAAUCUGACAUAAUAUUUUGUCACAUAUGUGUGCUAAAAUGCAUCAAUAGUUUUACUGUAUGUUUUUCCAUGGUGCUUUUUUGAAGACUAUACAUCCAACUGAUAGUAGAUCAUUUUAUUUUUUUUUAUUGAUUUAUGGUGUUUUUUAUUUGAAAUAAAUCAUGCCAUGUUUUACAAUUUGCAUUCUUUGUAAAUGUCUGAAUAUUAUUUUUUUUUAAACCAACAUAUAUUUGUUAGCCUGCUACUCCAUUGCCUGAAAUGGAGUACAGUCGUUCACAACUAUGCUCACUGUAGAAAUGCUAAGUUUUAUAUUAGACAUUUGUUAUUGCAAUUUAGGAAAUCCUCAGUUUUUCCAGUCUUUUUCCUUAAGGUGCUUAAAGUUUACUGUGUAAAUGUAGUAUAUUAUGAUGUACUCCCAGAACUUUUAUAUUGAAAGCAUUUGUGUCUAGAAAAAAACAUUUCUUCAUGCCAGCUGUGUAAAGUCACCUUUUAUAGUUUUUUCCUGACAGCAAGGCAGAGAAAGUUCUUAAAAAAAAAAAACAAAACAA